UCAUUUGUCUCUCUCUCUAUGAAAACAAAACACGGGUUAGAGCAACUCCAAAGGAUUGUCACUCCAAUGGGCUAGCCAAAGGGCUUUCUAUUUUACAUCUUGCCUUCUCCAUUGGCUUCAAUUGGAGAGUGAUGGAAGGCUCUCCAAACUGUCUCUCCCGCGAAAUUGAUCUGCUCCUUCAGCACAAAAUCGAUCUUCUCCUUCAGCGUUGUCUGCAACUCCCUCCAUCUGACCUCUUCCUCAAGAGUUUUGGUGCAAUGAGGAGCCUAAGAUUAGCUCAUUCAACAGUGAUUUUGAUAUGCCCCAUAAACAGCUCGUGUUCUUCUCCAGCGCCGCCGCCAACAUCGACGUCACCCGUUCUCCUUCUUCGGUGGCGCCACCGAUGUCGUAUCUCCGAGCUGGUUCGCCCGUCUCCUUUAGUGUCGUGUUUUCUGUUCCAUCAACACCUCUUAUUAUUCGACUUCUUUGUUUUGUAUAUUCAGAGGAUAUCCAUUGGAUACAUUGUCGCAGCUUUGUGUGAGAUAUGGCUUCUAUGUCAAAGGUGGAGGGGAGUAGGUUUUUUCAGGAGAUAUUAUUGGCAAUGUGAUAAUUUGGUUGAGGAAGCUAAAGGAAUAAACUCUCUUUCACCUCAAGACUAG